AGAAGAAAGGGUCAAUCAUAGGUAACUACUUACUGCAAGACAAGCCAAUGAAAAGACAGCCGCACUCAUCCAGCAAGUUGGAGCAGGAUACAGAAGAGAGAUCAAAUUCAUCCAAGAGACACCAGCCGUCACGUAAAGUCAGGUGUGAAAGUGUUGAACAGACUCAAAUUCAGACCAGAGUUGUCGGUCCUCAGCGAGUGUUCAAAGUGGUAUUUUUGGGUAACUCAGGAGUGGGUAAAAGCUCCUUCAUCCAGCACUACUGCACCAGACACUUCCCCAGUACAACCAGUGCCACUGUUGGUAUAGAUUACCAAAUGAAGACUGUGACUCUGGGCUGCACCACAAUUGCGCUCCAGCUCUGGGACACUGCAGGACAGGAAAGAUUUCGCAGCAUUACCCAGCAGUACUAUCGCAAGGCUGACGGUAUCCUCACCAUGUACGACAUCACUCACUCCCCCUCCUUCACCGCUGUGAGAGGAUGGAUGGACUCUGUGCAGGAGAAGAAGUGUGAGGGAGCAGUACUAAUGCUGCUGGGAAACAAGCUGGACCUGGCAGACAGUUACAGGAGAGAAGUGACGACAAGGGAGGGGCAGAGGCUGGCACAGCAACACCAGGCUGUGUUCUACGAGUGCAGUGCCAAAACUGGAUGUAACAUGGAGGAGCUGAUGACUCAGCUGGCUAGGAUGUUAUCCGCCCAGCACGAUCAACAGUGUGAAGAUGUGCUCUUACUGACUAAGGACACACAGCCUGGAAGAGGCUGCUGUAAAUAAACAACAAAGGGCUGUCCCUAAAAAAAUAAUAAAGUAAAAAUUCCUGGUGUUUCAGUCAUGGUUCAGUGGAUUUACAUUUGCUUUGUUUGGACACUGAAGGGAUUUACAGGGAAGUGAUGAA